GGUGGGAUUCAAAUUAAAAACAUGAUGCGAGGUAUGAUUUGGUUUUUGCUUCCUGUAAGCUGCGUCGUGAACAAUGACAUUUGGGCCUACGCAUUCGGUAAAAUGUUUGGGAGAACGAGGCUUUUGGCUUUGUCACCCAAAAAGACAUUGGAAGGGUUUUUGGGCGCCUUUCUCUUUACAAUGGCAUGGUCGUUUUGGUUUGCCGGGUUUCUUGGUUAUUUUCCGGAGCUCUAUUGUCCAAAGGUAGAUUUUCAUUCGCCAAUGCAUUGCGAAAAGGAUCCGUUGUUUGUCCAGAGGGCACUUGUGUUGCCGUCCUUUAUUCAAAAACUAACGGGAAACUAUUUAACGACUAUUCAAUGCUCCAAGGCUCAGCAACAUGCCCUUGUGCUUGCGGCGUUCGCGUCCUUGUUGGCCCCAUUUGGCGGGUUUUUCGCCAGUGGUUUAAAGCGGGCGUUCAAACUGAAGGAUUUCGGUGACCUCAUCCCCGGUCAUGGUGGCAUUACAGAUCGCAUGGACUGCCAGGGGAUGAUGGGGGUUUUCACCUACGUUUAUUUAAUGAGUUAUGUGUAUUCCGACGCAAAGUGUCCUUCUUUGCAUGAUUUGAGCAGUUGCGCCUUGCGAUUGAGUGAUGAAGGGAAAAUUAGGCUUAUGCAACUGCUGAAUGAAUCUCUAUCAAAGGGCUUCUAA